CGACAGCGUAUGGUGCGUGACGUCAUUUCUUCCCCAUAACCUCCAUCUUUCGCCGCCGCAUGCUUCUGUGACUCGUUGAUCAGGUGAGAAUAUGAAUCAAGAAAAACUGGCCAAACUUCAAGCCCAGGUCCGGAUAGGUGGAAAGGGCUCGGCACGCAGGAAGAAGAAGGUGGUACACAGAACAGCGACAGCCGAUGAUAAAAAACUUCAGAGUUCACUAAAGAAGCUAGCUGUCAACAACAUUGCUGGAAUUGAGGAGGUGAACAUGAUUAAGGACGACGGGACCGUGAUCCACUUCAACAACCCCAAAGUUCAGGCGUCUCUGUCUGCCAAUACCUUCGCCAUCACAGGCCACGCUGAGACCAAGCAGCUGACGGAGAUGCUCCCGGGCAUCCUGAGCCAACUGGGGGCUGACAGCCUCACCAGCCUGCGCAAACUGGCAGAACAGUUCCCACGGCAAGCUCUUGACAGCAAAGCUCCAAAGGCAGAGGACAUUGAGGAAGAAGAUGAUGAUGUUCCAGAUCUGGUGGAGAACUUUGACGAGGCAUCAAAGAAUGAGGCUAACUGACGCUCACACGGCUCCACAAGUAAAUGAACUGGACUGCGAUGAAGCGAGCGACCCUCCCCGCUGUUUUAACUCUAGCUGUCAAGACAUAUCAGACACUAUUCCCCGUGAACCAGAGACUUUUCUAUUUCCCAGUGGCCCAAGGACAUCCUCUGCAGACUGGCGCGUGCAAUUAAAAAAAAAACACACACACAAAAAAAACCCUCCCUGAUUUACAAUUACAAUUUCAUUUAGCAGACGCUUUUAUCCAAAGCGACAUACAUCUUAGAGGUUAAUGCAACACAAACAAGGAUCUAGUCAGGAGGCGACAACGCAAGUAAGUGUCAACGGUCAGAUACCGUCACCACAUUGUCCGUCAUGGUCAGGAUUGCCGUGGUCAUUAAAGCUAGUCUUAAGAUUUUUUUUUCCUUUGUAAAUGAAACAAAAUAAAUCUGGUAAACAUUUUCUA